GUCUUUACGAUUACCCAGGACUCCUCUGAAACGUAUGACCUGUCUCUGGCCUUGGCGUGUAGCGCGGUGUUGCUAGUUGUCAGUGUGUGCUGGCUGUUGGAAUUAAUUAACGUGAUCUAUCUAGUGUUCCUGUCCGACAACGCGGCUAGUAAUCUGGGAACCGUUACGGCGUAGCUGAGCCACAAUGCUGAAAUGUAGAACUGUAUGGAAAAAGCUUGCACCACUUACUCGUGCUUCCUCUACUGUCUGCCGGCAGAAUGUGAGGAGAGCAGGGUUUAACAAUGGCAGAAUACCAACAUAUGUACCUGCGGCUCACAUGUCCACCGGGCCUGCAGGGGGAGGUAGGGAUCUCCAAAUGUAUGCCAUUCUGGUUGGAGCAACGGCCGUUGGUGCUGGAAUAUAUCUAUACCAAACUCUCAAGGGAGACGGCAAAAGAUAUGAUGAACGCAUUGACGAAAUUUCAACAAGAUCAUAUAUGAAAGACCUAGAAGAACCAGCCACACCUAUCGAGUCAGAGCCUCCUGUUGUGGAAGCCACUGAGACAGAAGCCGUCCCUGAGCCAGAACCUCAAGCAGCACCUUCCCCAGAAGAGCCGGCCUCCGAUGCUGAAACUGUGAUCGCCAUUGAAACAACUGAACCCCCCCCAGCAGAAGAGCCAGUGGUAGAAGCAGAGCCAGUGGUAGAAGCAGAGCCACCUGCUGCACCUGUAGUUGAGGAGGAACCAUCAGCCCCCUCUGAGCCGUCCCCAACAGAGCUUACAGAGCUUACAGAGCCGUCCCCGGCACCUGUUGUGGAGAGUGAAUCUACAGCAGCAGAAAGCACCGCAGCAGAGCCAACUGAGCCUCAGCCGGAAGUUGUUGUGGCAGAGAGUGCAGAAGAGCCAGUGGUAGAAGCAGAGCCAGUGGUAGAAGCAGAGCCACCUGCUGCACCUGUAGUUGAGCAGGAACCAUCAGCCCCCUCUGAGCCGUCCCCAGCAGAGCUUACAGAGCUUACAGAGCCGUCCCCGGCACCUGUUGUGGAGAGUGAAUCUACAGCAGCAGAAAGCACCGCAGCAGAGCCAACUGAGCCUCAGCCGGAAGUUGUGGCAGAGAGUGGAGACUCUGCAGCUGCCUCUCUUGACGUCCCCUCACACACCCCUUACCUUCUUAUUGGCGGAGGUACCGCCUCUUUUGCUGCUGCCCGGUCUAUUCGAGCCAGAGACCCCGGUGCCAAGGUAUUGAUUGUGACUGAGGAGCCAGACGCUCCAUACAUGAGACCCCCUCUUUCUAAGGAACUGUGGUUCUCUGAUGACCCCAGUGUGACAGAAACACUGCGUUUCAAACAGUGGAAUGGAAAGGAAAGGAGUAUCUUCUUCCAGCCACCAUCCUUCUACAUUAAAGCAGAAGAAUUGGCUGCUGCAGAAAAUGGUGGAGUGGCAGUUCUCACCGGCAGAAAGGUGGUUCACAUGGAUGUGAGAGGAAACAAAAUAAAACUGGACGAUGAUACUGAGAUUUCAUAUGACAAGUGUUUGAUUGCUACGGGUGGUGUACCGAGAAAUCUACUGGUCAUUGAAAGAGCAGGAGAGGAGGUGAUGAAGAAGACAACGUUGUUCCGCAAGAUCGAGGACUUCAAAUCACUGGAUAAGGUCUCCAGAAACGUCAAAUCUAUCACAAUCAUUGGAGGCGGAUUCUUGGGCAGCGAGCUGGCCUGUGCCCUCGGCAGGAGAUCAUCGGAGUUUGACCUGGAGGUGAUACAGAUGUACCCGGAGAAGGGCAACAUGGGAAAAGUGUUGCCAGAGUAUCUGAGCAACUGGACAACAGACAAAGUCAAGAAAGAGGGUGUGAAAGUUAUCUCAGAAGCUCUGGUGAAAUCUGUGGUCUGCAAAGAUGACAAGUUAGAAAUCCAACUGAAGGAUGGCCGAUUGGUGAAAACUGACCACAUUGUCGCAGCUGUUGGCCUGGAGCCCAAUGUUGACCUUGCUAAGUCAGCAGGUCUGGAGGUGGACUCGGACUUUGGUGGCUUCCGUGUCAAUGCAGAGCUGCAAGCUAGAUCCAAUAUUUGGGUGGCAGGAGAUGCUGCAUGCUUCUAUGACAUCAGACUGGGCCGCAGACGAGUGGAGCACCACGAUCACGCCGUUGUGAGCGGAAGACUAGCAGGAGAGAACAUGACCGGAGCCAAUAAACCCUACUGGCAUCAGUCUAUGUUCUGGAGUGACCUGGGUCCUGAUGUGGGCUAUGAGGCGAUUGGGAUUGUAGACAGUAGUCUACCAACAGUAGGAGUAUUCGCCAAAGCCACUGCAAAGGAUACACCUAAAGCUGCUACAGAGCAGUCAGGAACUGGAAUCCGCUCUGAAAGUGAAACAGAGGACACGGCUACUAGCCCAGUGGCCUCUUCAGCACCUGCUCCCGCUGUGGUGCAGCACAAAGACGAGUAUGGAAAAGGAGUCAUCUUCUACCUGAGAGACAAAGUGGUGGUGGGCAUUAUCCUGUGGAACGUGUUCAACAGGAUGCCCGUCGCAAGGAAGAUCAUCAAGGACGGAGAGGAACACGCAGAUCUGAAUGAAGUGGCCAAACUGUUCAACAUCCACGACGAUUAAGAUGGCGGAAGCCAGCACUUAUUAUAGUAGGGGGAGUCGAGCUUCAUGUGAAGACUGAACUCUUGAAGACACAACCGAUCACAUGUACACAACAGGAGGAUUCAUGUAAAUUAUGUCAUGUCGCUGAAAUAUUUUUCAUAUUUGGAAUUUGUAUCUUCUGCACCCGUUUGCGUUUUUUUUCUUCUAUCCAGGAUAAAGUCAUCGUCUCAUUUUCCACCAAAUCUUUUUCUCAUGUUUAAAAAAUCAACAACCAAAAAACAUGGUCAAAGAUGUGAUUCUGCUUUUUCCCAUACCAGGCUGAAAAUGCUGAGCAUGGAUUAUUGUUUUCCUCUGUGUGAUCAGAGCAGCUCGUUGUGAAAGCAGCUGCAAUAAAGGCUAUUUUUAAAUUGGA